CCGGACAGGACCAGCCCGCGCUUCYUGCGCGCUUCCAGCUGCGAUGAUGGAAAACGGGGCCAGCCCGGGRCCGGGACCCGGGAGCGCGGCCCCGCCGUGCCCCUCGCCGCCGGACCAMUAAAGCUCAAUGGGUCCAGUCACUGGAAUGACUCCGGAUAAGAAAGCUGAAACGGCCGGAGCAGAAAAAGCCGCAGGAYUACGGCAGUGCCAUGGGAUGGGCAGCCUGCCCGACGCGGGCGACGCCGGCAAGCCAAAGGCCACCGUGGUGGACAGAGAUUCGSCAGAUGAUGAGCUCACAAAUUUGAACUGGCUGCACGAAAGUACUAACCUGCUAACAAACUUCAGCCUCGGCAGCGAGGGCCUUCCGAUUGUUAGCCCCUUGUACGACAUCGAGGGUGACAGCGUGCCAUCCUUCUCACCGUCCUGCUACCAGAACCCUGAGAAAAAAUCCUCCACUUCCAAACCUCCUUACUCUUUCAGCCUUCUCAUUUACAUGGCCAUUGAGCAGUCCCCCAACAAGAGCCUGCCAGUCAAAGAAAUCUACAGCUGGAUCCUGGACCGCUUCCCRUAUUUCGCCACAGCCCCCACUGGCUGGAAGAACUCGGUGCGACACAACCUCUCCUUGAACAAGUGUUUCCGAAAGGUGGAGAAAAGCCAUGGCAAGGUGAAUGGGAAAGGGUCGCUGUGGUGCGUUGACCCUAAAUACAAACCUAAUCUCGUCCAAGCACUGAAAAAGCAGCCUUUUUCCUCAGCACUUGCAUUUUAUACUCCACCAGCGUCGCCACCCAGUAGGUCGUCGUCCCCUCACUACCUGAGUUCAGUCCUUCAGCAGAAUCAUGGCCGAUCUCUCAAAGARUCUGAUAUUGAUGCUGCUACUGCAAUGAUGCUGUUAAAUACUUCCAUUCAACAAGGGAUGCUGGACUGUGAGAAGCCUCAGCCUCUGAAGACCCCCAAGAAGAGGAGUUACGGCAGCGCCUUCAGUCCCGGCAGCUCCCUGGCCCUGCAGGAGAGCGACGCCGCCGCCACCAACAUCGACCCCAGCGAGGACCACAACUACAGCGCCAGCAGCAUGGGCUCCCAGCGCUGCGCCUCCCGCUCCAGCGUCUCCUCCCUGUCCUCCCUGGACGACGUCUACGACUUCAUCUCCAAGAGCAGCCCCCACGGCAGCGACGGCAGCGAGGGCUUCCACAGCGAGCUGGACACCGACGGCGACUACGAGGAYGAUCCUCUGGCAGACAGCGGCUACGCGUCCCAGCCUCGCGUGGGUUCCUCCAAGCAAAGCCAGCCCAGCCAGAAAGUACUGGAGGAGCUGCCCAGCCAGAGAGWGCUGGAGGAGCUGUGUCAGGAGAUCGAUGAGGAGCUGAAGGAAGCAGCAGGGUCUCUGCUCCACCUUGCCGGCAUCCAAACGUGCUUGAGUUCCUUAAUAAGUACUGCAAAGACCCACUGUCACAAGCAAAGGAAAAAAUAAUGUGUUUGUCAGUGUUGAAUAUAUACAUAUAUUUUUUUUAAUUGUGGCAAUACUCUUCUACUUUUGCCCUUCACAAGGGAGAUCAAAGCCAUAAGAGGACUCACUGCUUUUUUUUUUUUUUGGCGCAAGCUAUAAUUUAGCCAUUUAUUUUUAAAUCACCACCUGAAAAGAAAAAUAAAGUAUUUAAUCUUUUCAAAUUAGAAGAUACGCAUGACUUGUGGAAACCUGAAAGCAUACUUCUUAAUGAUCACUUUUUUUUUUUUUUUUCCAAUAGCUGACUUUAUUUUUUUUUAGAGAUAGUUUGCUCAGAUGCACACUGUGGAUCAUAUUUACAUCUCUGCUGGCCCCAUCUGCAGRGGCGAAUUUUGUUCUGUCUAAGGGCUCUGACUUCCAUGUAAAGGAUUCCAAUUAAUUUUGCAAUAAGAGGAUCUCUUAAUAGUUCCUAGACAUCCUUCAGCCAAAAAGUGUUUUGUGGUAUGUUGAACUUUAUCCCUAUUUUUCUUUUAAAAACAGUGGUGAUUGCUUACAUCUUCCUGUAGAUGAUGCCUUUUUUUUUUUUUUUUUUUUUUCUGUUCAUAAAUGGGUAAGCAGUUCUGUUGGAGUGGGUUUUAACAGUACUGUACAUACAAGGAUGCCUUAAGUAUGUUGCAGAAUUGUGUACAGCUAUCCAAGGUCAUCUUUCCUGUUGCUGAAAGGUAGCAUGAUGUGCCAUAAACGUUCUCACCAAUGUGAAGCUACUGCUUCCAGCAGAUGUUGGGCAAGCUGGGUGAAAUUAGGAGCRGAGCCACUUAGGAAACCAAUGUCCACUGUUGAAAACAGUGCUGGAUUCAGCCAAAAUUUAAUCUUUCCCUAAGGGAGUAUUUUCCUGGCUAUUUGAAUGCCUUUCUUAGACUAGUGUGGGGUUUUCUUUCCCCUUUUUUCUUUYUUUUCUCCRUAUUUGUCAGUCUCUUCAUGCAUACUGUCCUGAACUGCCUGCUUCCAGUGCAAACACAGCCAUGCUGCUGAAGGUCUGUUGCUCUGAGGGCCCAUUCCAGUGCCUCUUGAAGACAACGGUGGUGCUCCUGCUGACUCAAUGGCUGUUGGAUCACACCUGAAAUAUUCGAGGUUCUUUGUGUUUUGGAAUUUAAAGCACAAACGCUAGCAGAGAAAAAAAAAAAAAAGUUGGUGUUUUUUUUGGUUUUUAGGUUUUCUCUUUUUCCAAUUCAGUUUUAAGGAUGAUUUAUUUCUUGAAAGGGAAGGAAAAUACUCUUGCUUCAUUCCUGCUUUGUGUGAGCACCUGUGUGCAGGUGUGUGUCUUCUGGCURUCACAAACGCUGCCAAUUAGACCUGCUAUUGGAUGUGUUCCUGGUGGGUAGYAGAGGUAAAACUUGCUAUUUCAAGGAAAAUUAAGUACCAACAGAGUGGUUGUUAGGAUUUCAGGAGGUGAAGAUGUGAAUGCUUGGUGGAACUGCUUUUUUUGCUCAUGGGUUGCUUUUGAACUCUCAUGGAAAACUGGGAAGGGCAGAGGUUGUGUCAGUGUGGAAAGGACGAUUCAGGUACACAGAAAGAGCUGAGCAGCCUGAGGUUCUGCUCGGUGGUUCCCAUUUCACACUGUCCAACAGGGGUGCUGCCUGCCUCCUGCUCAAUGGYUGCAGCUUUCUGUAGCUUCCUGUGAAAGCUGGGUCAAGGUCCAGCAUUUCUGGAAGCUGUGGUCAUAGUGGGCUCCACAGCUUGAUUCGGUUCUGAAUUAUUUUUUGCCUCAGAUAAAAUUUCGAGAGGGUUAAUACAGGGAGUGUGUCUGUGCUGCUGUUACCCAGAAGCUGGUGACAAUGCCCUCAGUGUCUCUGAAGGGUUGGGACAUUUACAAUGCAUUAAAUCCCCUUAUGCAAUGACAGUGAGAAGCAGUGACUAAUCACAAGUGAGCAGUGAAAGCUGCAGCCAUCCUUUGAGCUGGCAGCCCGGGAGAAGUGGAAUUGUGGCAGGGGGAACAAGGGCAGCAUUUCCCUGGGACACAGAGCUGCAGGGCCCUGCUCUUCCUGCUCUUCUGCUCUUCCUGCUUUGCUGUCUUCCCUGUGUGCUUCCARAGGGGAGGCAGAUGAGCUGUGCCCUGGCCUGUCCCACCGUGCUGUCCCUGGCCUCUCUGGGCAGUGGGACGAGAGCUGCCCUUCCUUUCUCUCACAURUCUGUUGGGUUCGGGUUUGUUUGCCACCUCAGUUAGAGACCCUGGUGUAUAUAGUAUAAAUGGAGUAUAAUUAAAAGUUAUUUUGAUUGUUGGGCUUUGGGUUUUUUUAGUGACAUAUGUAAAAUGUUGAUGCCAAUGGUUGACUUGGMUACGUUUUGGCAAGAAAAGUAUUAAUGAACCACAUUCAAUUCUUUAAAUGCAGUGAAGAAGUGUAUGAGACCUGUGUAUGCAGGGUUGCUCUGUUCAGGGUCAAUCUGAUGUGAUUACUGUACAAMCCUAGAUUGGCUUUUCAGAUUCCAGUCCUAAAUUACUGAUCUGCAUGAGUCACAUCACAUGUUUUAAAUCCAGCUGUAAAAUGGAAGUUGUGUGGUUUGCAACUUCUCAUCAACCUGAAAAGUACAAGCUUUAAUUAAAGCAAAGUAUACUCAUACACGUUAAUAAUGGUGUGGUCAAAAUAUUUAUUGAAAAGAAAAGGUAGAAUAUUUUCAAUGUUGCACCUGCUAUUUUAUCUUAAAGCACAUUCUUCACACCUAACUGCCAGUGCCAUUAUCAAGUCUGUUUUAUAAGUGUACAUUUCYUCAAACUAAAAAGUGCAUAAUUAAAAGUAUUAUGUUACUGCCAUAUAGUGAUAUAAAACAUUUUAUAAUUGCCAAUUCAUUGUAACUAUUAUUUAUUUAAAAACAAAUUGUAAGAAUGCUUUCUGAUCAAACGAACCAGAGUUGUUUUUAAACCAUUCCCGUUAGCUUAUUUCUAAUGUAGCAUAAGCAAUGUCCUUGGAUUUGUUUAGAAUAAUUUUGCCAGUAGGUGACCAAUUCUAACCGUUUUUCCUCCCGUUUAGUCCUUUACCUGUUUUAAAGACGAUUUACAAAAGUUUAGUUUUUUGUAUCCUAAUCUCUGUUAAUUAAAAUGUUUAUAAAUUUUAUUUUUACCAAAGAGAUGCAAUUCAUUAUGACAAAAUAUUGCAGAAUAAACUUUGUUUUAUAACAUUUGUGACUUUUCUGCCCACAUUUUUCAUUCAGAUGAUCAAAGGGGCUUUUCUAAAAUAAACAGCAUUGCAAACAGAAAGCGCUGUGUUCUCUCUU